AUGUCCGACAAGACCUGUUACAAGUGUGGAGAGGCUGGCCAUUUCGCUCGCGAGUGUCAAAACGCCGGUGAUGAUAAUGGUCAACGCGGAGGCGGCGGUCGUGGAGGUGGCGGCGGAUCAUGCUUCAACUGUGGGAAAACUGGACACUUCUCAAGGGAAUGUACCGAGGCUCGUGAAUCACGUGGUUAUGGUGGACGCCGUGGAGGCGGCGGCGGAGGUGGUGGUGGCGGCGAGUGCUAUCAGUGUGGAGAGUCUGGACACUUUGCUCGUGAAUGCACCAAUCCCUCGGGUGGUGGUGGUGGACGUGGUGGACGGGACGGUGGACGCUCGGGCGGCUCAGGACCGAAGUGCUAUAACUGUGGCAAGGCUGGUCAUAUUUCGCGCGAAUGCCGUGAGGGUGAUGGUGGCAGUGACCGUCGUGGUGGACGCGGGGAACGCGGCGGUGACCGCGGUGAUCAGAAGUGCUACAAUUGUGGCAAGACGGGACACAUCUCACGCGAUUGCCAGAACGAGAGU